AAGUGAGACGACCUUGCCACAACAUCUCACGGCUGCCUUUCCUUCUUCCCUCUCUUCUCUUUCUUCCUCUUCUCCCUGUGAAGACUCAACGCACACAGCAACCGGCUGCUCCUCCCCCACAACCGGCAGCACCACCGUCUCCCUCCACGAGCAUCAACCAGCCUUCCCCUCCCUCCUAGCGGCAGCAGCAGCUGCGUUUUGCCCCAACAAUAGCAGCAAGCUGCUGUGACGCCAACUGCAGCAGCCCACGCAGCCUUACUCCACCAUUUUCGUGCUCCACACCACCACAACCACCACCUAUACCCUCAACCUUUACUAUUCCCCCAUUGUUCCCAGUUCAUAAGAAGAAAGUAGGACCUUAGUUGGGUUAUUUUUGUAACUUUUGGUCGUGCAGUGACGCUUGUAGGGAUCAGGAUGGAUGAUACUCAACUCAUGAAAGGAGAUAAGCUAAUACUUAGAGGGUUGAAGUUUCAUGGUUAUCACGGGGUAAAACCUGAAGAGAGAACAUUGGGUCAGAAAUUUUUGGUGGAUGUCGAUGCUUGGAUAGAUCUCCGAGAGGCAGGCAAAUCAGACCGUUUGUCUGACACUGUCAGUUACACUGACAUUUAUCGUAUUGUCAAGGGUGUGAUCGAGGGAACUCCUCAUAACCUUUUAGAGUCAGUAGCUCACCAGAUUGCUUCUACUACAUUUAGCAAGCAUCCUCAAAUAUCCUCAGUGUGUGUGAAGAUUGGAAAGCCUCAUGUUGCAGUUCAAGGCCAGCUAGACUAUUUGGGAGUCGAGAUUUUCCGCUCAAGAACUGCUGAUGGACAAAUUUGAGCUUUUUAUUUCUCUUUAUCUUCAGAAAUCCUAAGCCCCUUGCUUGCCUUUUUGUUUCUUCUAAUUAUCUACUCUCCUAAGAAGGAAAUCUGUGUAGUUUUGCUUAUAGAAGUAUUACACUGUUUGUGUUUGGA